UCCUGUGGGGUGUGGGGUAUGGAGAAGCUGUGUGGCCGCUGGCGGAACAGGCUGGCCCAGGCGGCGGCGAGGACCACGGUUACCUUUUGAAGGUGGCGGCCCGAUCCCGAGCGGCCAGUGGAGGCAGGAGAACUAGUCCACGGGCAGUUUGGUAAUCUGAUUGUCAGAUGUUGGAAGGCAGUAGGGACAGAACAUACUCUUCGUGGUUUUAUAUCCGUUCUUGGGUGUAGUGUUUAACAUUGAGUAUUGGUUCCCGUAACUCUUGCCUGAGUCGACAGAGUUAAGCUGGAGCUUUGCUUUGAAGAAUAAAUAAAGCACAGCCUCUAAACUGGACAUAAAUGGAUCUAAAGACAGCAGUAUUUAACGCAGCUCGCGAUGGUAAACUCCGGCUUCUCACAAAGUUGUUGGCAAGCAAAUCCAAAGAGGAGGUUUCCUCCUUGAUUUCUGAAAAAACAAAUGGGGCUACACCACUCUUGAUGGCAGCCAGGUAUGGGCACCUUGACAUGGUGGAGUUCCUCCUAGAGCAGUGCAGUGCCUCCAUAGAAGUCGGAGGCUCCGUGAAUUUUGAUGGUGAAACCAUUGAGGGAGCUCCCCCACUGUGGGCUGCUUCUGCAGCAGGACAUCUGAAGGUGGUCCAGUCUUUGUUAAAUCAUGGAGCAUCUGUCAACAACACGACUUUAACCAAUUCAACUCCUCUUCGAGCUGCCUGUUUUGAUGGCCACCUGGAAAUCGUCAAGUACCUCGUAGAACACAAAGCUGAUUUGGAAGUUUCCAACCGACAUGGUCAUACGUGCUUGAUGAUUUCAUGUUACAAAGGACAUAAAGAAAUUGCUCAGUAUUUACUUGAAAAGGGUGCAGAUGUUAAUAGAAAAAGCGUUAAAGGCAAUACUGCAUUGCAUGAUUGUGCAGAAUCUGGAAGCCUGGACAUCAUGAAGAUGCUUCUUAUGUAUUGUGCCAAGAUGGAAAAGGAUGGCUAUGGAAUGACUCCCCUUCUCUCAGCAAGUGUGACUGGUCACACAAAUAUUGUGGAUUUUCUCACACAUCAUGCACAGACCAGCAAGACAGAACGUAUCAAUGCUCUAGAGCUUCUGGGAGCUACAUUUGUGGACAAAAAAAGAGAUCUACUUGGAGCUUUGAAAUACUGGAAAAAAGCUAUGAACAUGAGGUACAGUGAUAGGACUAAUAUAAUUAGCAAACCAGUACCGCAGACAUUAAUAAUGGCUUAUGAUUAUGCCAAGGAGGUAAACAGUGCAGAAGAACUUGAAGGCCUUAUUGCUGAUCCUGAUGAGAUGAGAAUGCAAGCACUAUUAAUUAGAGAACGUAUUCUUGGUCCUUCUCACCCUGAUACUUCUUACUAUAUUAGAUAUAGAGGCGCUGUCUAUGCAGACUCUGGAAAUUUCAAAAGAUGCAUCAACCUAUGGAAAUAUGCUUUGGAUAUGCAGCAGAACAAUUUGGACCCUUUAAGUCCAAUGACUGCCAGCAGCUUACUGUCUUUCGCAGAACUGUUCUCUUUUAUGCUACAGGAUAGGGCUAAAGGCCUACUGGGCACUACUGUUACAUUUGAUGAUCUUAUGGGCAUUCUGUGCAAAAGUGUCCUUGAAAUAGAGAGAGCUAUCAAACAAACUCAGUGUCCGGCUGACCCAUUGCAGUUGAAUAAGGCUCUUUCCAUCAUUUUGCACUUAAUUUGCUUAUUAGAAAAAGUUCCUUGUACUCUAGAACAGGACCAUUUCAAAAAACAGACAAUAUACAGGUUUCUUAAGUUACAUCCGAGGGGCAAAAAUAACUUUAGCCCUCUUCACUUGGCUGUGGACAAGAAUACUACAUGUGUAGGGCGGUACCCUGUUUGUAAAUUUCCAUCUCUGCAAGUUACUGCAAUACUGAUAGAAUGUGGUGCUGAUGUGAACGUCAGAGACUCUGAUGACAACAGUCCCCUACAUAUCGCUGCUCUGAACAACCAUCCAGACAUCAUGAAUCUUCUUAUUAAAUCAGGUGCACAUUUUGAUGCCACAAACUUGCACAAACAAACUGCUAGUGACUUGUUGGAUGAGAAGGAAAUAGCUAAAAAUUUGAUCCAGCCCAUAAAUCAUACCACAUUGCAGUGUCUUGCUGCUCGUGUCAUAGUGAAUCAUAGAAUAUAUUAUAAAGGGCAUAUACCAGAAAAGCUAGAGACCUUUGUUUCACUUCAUAGAUGA